CGACUCAGUGAAGUGACUCGUUACCGCCCAUCGCUCGAGCAGAAGCGCGUUGAUUGCGGGGAAGAGGGUGGACCAUUUCCUGCACUUCUCCGGAGACUCCCUGAUCCACACACCGCGCUGUCCGAGCAGAAGAAAACUAUUUUCAGCUUUAACGAGAAGGUUCACAGCCCACCCUAACAUCUGGAAUGGCUUCUCAGUGGGAUGACCUGAGUCUCCUUCUGGACUUCCCGGACUCAAUGUCCAACCCUACUCGAGGAACCAUUAAAGAUAAAGCAGGAUUUAAUGCAGGUGAAGAUGCUGCUGCUUUGAGGAAGGCCAUCGAGGGAAUCGGCACCACAGAGAAAAUUCUGAUCGAUAUUUUGACUCAGCGAAGCAGCGCACAGCGUCAGCAGAUCUGUAAAGUUUACAAGGACAUGACUGGAAAGUCUCUUGUGGACGCUCUGGAAGGAGACACUCAUGGACACUUUGAGGACGUUCUGGUGGCUCUUGUUACCCCACCGGGGCAGUUUGACAUGCAGGAAAUUAAAAAGGCAAUUAAAGGAGCUGGAACCACAGAGAGCACGCUGAUCGAGAUCCUGGCGUCCCGAUCCAACCAGCAGAUCAAAGCUCUGUCUGAUGCGUACCUGCAGGAGACGGGGAGAGCGCUGAUUUACGAUCUGAAGUCGGAGGUGUCGGGGGAUUUCGGGAAAACGCUGCUCAUCCUGGCUGAGGGCAAAAGAGACGAGAGCAAAAACGUGGACGUGGCCAAAGCUAAAGCUGAUGCGAGGGCGCUGUACGAGGCCGGAGAGAAGAAAUGGGGGACGGAUGAGAGCAAGUUCAUCGAUAUCCUCUGUCACAGGAGCGUUCCUCAACUCCGACAAACUCUUCUGGAAUAUAAGGACCUGAGUGGGAAAACUCUGCAGCAGAGCAUCGAGGGCGAGAUGUCUGGAAAUCUGGAGGAGACAUUAGUAGCAAUCGUGAAAUGCGUGAAGAGCGUCCCUGCUUACAUGGCAGAGCUUCUCCAUAAGAGUAUGAAGGGGGCAGGAACUACCGAGGCCAUGCUGACUCGGAUCAUGGUGAGCCGCUCUGAGAUCGAUCUGAUGGACAUCAAGGCCGAGUAUAAAAAACUGUUCGGCUACUCCUUAUACUCCGCCAUCGAGUCGGACACCUCAGGGGACUACAGGAAAACACUGCUGGGGAUCUGUGGUGCAGAUGAUAAAUAAGCUCUGAUCUUGAGGGAGGAUGGAGAUAAAAACUCGGACCUUUAUGCCGCUGCUUCCUGAACGUCCUCCACAUUUCUGUUUUUACAUAAACAUAGAAAACUUUUAAUAGUAAUAAUCACACAUAUGAAGUAUGACGUCUAGCUGGUUUAAACCUUUUACAUUUCUCUACAGCAUGAAGAUGAUCACGUGUGUGUGUGUGUGUGUGUGUGUGUGUUGAGCCUUAUAUUAACACUGGUUAUAUUUUGAGCAAUAAAACUCACUCAAACUA